UUAGGCUAAGUAAAGACGGUCACUCACUCCUCGCCAAUGGAACUCAGUGCAUGACCAGAGAGACUCAGCACGAGAUGCAACCUAUGAAAACAAUGACAGGGACAGGCCUCUAUUCGCUUGCUUGCCUUCUCAUGAUCAGCAGUGUCCGCUCUACCUGUGUUCCUUUGGAGUGUCUGAGGUGUGACAUAAUCCCCUCACCUGAAGUGUCUGGGAAUCACAAAGCAGAUGAGGCCACCUGUGAACACCUGUGCUCUAACACUACCCAAUGUCUCAAUACCACUGAUGUAGGGAAUUGCAUAAAAGAUUUUGAAGUGUUUCUGAACACCAGUAAUGGAUUUGAAGUGGAGGAGGGUGAUGACCUCACAAUGGAGUGUGCCCACGACCUACCGGUGAGAGAUCAUGACCUGCUGGUGUUUGUCUGGCUGAAGGAUGGGCUUCCCCUGGAGGGCGAGAACAAUAGCACGGUGACCUUGGAGAGGAUAGGCAUAGAUACCCCUGCCGAGGGGAUAUACACCUGCACCAUCCAGAGUCCCUGUGGCAACUUCACCUCAGAUCCAGAAGAACUUGAAUUUAAAGACCUGACAGUGGUGAUCAUUGUGAUCUGUGGUGUGUCUGCUGUGGUGCUGGUCCUGUCCCUGGGCAUGGGCAUCAAGAUCAUGCUGAAGAAGGACUUUGCGAAGACCAAGACCAGGAUGCAGCAUAAUACUCAGAACAUACGGAACACCGCCAACACAACAGAGUAGGGUUUCCUUUUUCCCAAAAACCUAGCCAUUUUCUUCCUGAGAAAAUUGCAAGCCUUUCCCGGGCAUCCAUGUAUUCCCGUUAAAACAGGAAAGGCUUUUUAAAAGCAUAUAAAAAUCUGAUUCACUGUAAAUGGAGAAAGAUACACACGUGUCUAACGGUUUCUUGCUCUAUUUGUUGCAAUUUAAAGGUCCAAUGCAGGCGUUUUUAUCUCAAUAUCAAAUCAUUUCUGCGUAACAAUUAAGUACCUUACUGUGACUACUUUAAAUUAAAAUGGUAAAACAGAUACAAAAUUAGCUUUUUACCAAAGAGCAAUUUCUCAAGCAAGAAUUUUGCUUGGACUGUCUGGGAGUGGUCUAGGUGGUGAGGGGAAACUGAAAAUGUGCUGUUAUUGGCAGAGAAGUUUGGAACUCUCUUUCGUAUUGGUCCAUUAACUAAUUUACCGCCUGGUGAUGUCACCAGGUGGGCCAAAACUUUUUAAAAAAUGGAAUUAUCAUAAUUUUCACAAAUUCACAGUAUUAUUCGAAACUCUAGGAAAUCACGUUUUUCUAGGCCUUAAAUCAACAUAAAGUCCCUUCAAAGUCACCACACUGUUUCGUUGAUGUUGCCUAGUUUUAAUGUAGGUCUAUGAAGCACUGUCGGCCGACUGAUAACAUAUUGUUACAGCCUAGUGAAAAUUAUGGUCAUAACCAUGUCAUAAUAUGUAUAUAGCUGACAUAACUUGUCAUAAGCUGUUAUAAUAU